AUGAAGAUCAGUUGGUCUGAGUGUCUCUGUUUGAUCCUCCUGCUUCUCCAACAGACCACUGUCUCCACAUUGGAGAGGUUUGAGGUUCUUGGUCCAGCUGAUCCUGUAGUUGCUGUAGCUGGUGAAGAUGUUGUUCUGCCCUGUUACCUCAAACCCAACAUCAGUGCUGUGGACCUACAUGUGGAGUGGUUCAGAGUUCAGACCAAAGACCUACUUGUACAUCUUUAUCGGGAUCAUGAGGACAGAAAUGAGAAUCAAGUUCCAUCCUACAGGGGAAGGACAUCACUGUUCCCUGAGGAAUUGAAGAAGGGAAACACCUCAUUAAAACUCUAUGAUGUCAGAAGCUCUGAUGAUGGGCCAUAUAAAUGUUUUGUUCAUUCUGAUGAGUGGUUUGAAGGGUCUUCCAUUUAUCUGAAUAUUCAAGCUGUAGGAACCCAACCAGUGAUCUCCAUCGAGGGAUAUAAAGAAGGAGGAAUCAGUCUGGUGUGUGAAUCUAAAGGCUGGUACCCUCAGCCUGAAGUGGUCUGGAUGGACAGUGAAGGACACAGUCUCCCUGCUGGACACACAGAGACACACACAGACAGUAUGGGUCUCUUCACUGUGAGACGACGUGUUAUUGUACAGGAGACAGAAACCAACAGGUUCACCUGUCGAGUUCUACAAGAGGACUUAAAUGAAAUAAAAGAGACAAUAACCAACAUCCCUGGUGAGAUGUUCCAUCGUGCCCAUCCCUGGAAGGUGACCUUUGCUGUGGUCUUCAUUCUGGCUGCUGUUUGCAUUAUUGGAUGCUCAGUUUUGAGUCACCGUUUUGCAAAACUGCGGAGAAAGAGAGGUAUUUCCCUUAAAUUAUUGUUUACAUUUCUGUUUUUCAGAGAUAAAAAGUUAUAGUUGAAAAACGGUAUUAUGUGAAAGUAA